AUGCCAUCGAAUAAUGACAUUAAGCAAGAUCAUCCCGAUUUUUUAACAGAUGCCAAUACAAAUUCAUGUUCUUCUUCAUUGGAAGAAAUCGAACGUUCAUCAAAUGCUCCCAACUCGUUAGAUAGAAUUACUUCGCAAUUUGAUAAUAGUGUCAUUGAGACACUGCGAGAAUCAUGCCUAGAUCGUCAAGACAUUGCCGAAGAUAAAUACCUUGAAUAUCUUGGCAAACAAACAUCUGAUCAAAUUCCAAAUUGUUCUUUAAGUUCAAAUAAACCUUCAAAUAUUACAAAAUUUGGUAUGAAUUCGUCAGAUUUAGUGAGCGAGAAGAAUUCUCAAAAUUUUAUAAUAUGGAUAUUUCACGUGUUAAAAAGACAAUUAAGAACGUUAAUGUAUGGACAUUGUUCCGAAACUUCAUUUCGAGAAAUCCCUAUAAUACCUGAACGUAAGGAACCUCUUUUAGACCCGCGAACAAAUAAACCUUUUAUUAAGAAUGCGAUUACAACAUCACGUUAUACGUUUUAUGAUUUCCUUCCAAAGCAACUUUACGCUCAAUUUUCAAAAGUUGCCAACAUUUAUUUCUUAUUUGUCGCGGCUAUCCAAGCAAUUCCCGGAUGGUCACCUACUGGUCAAUUUACAACUUUAAUCCCCUUAUCAACCUUUAUGUCCAUAUCCAUGGCUCGUGAGGGUUUUGAUGACAUUCGAAGACAUAAACAAGACAAAGUUGAGAAUAAUAAAGAAUGUUUAGUGUUACAUGUAUAUCGUUCAAAUGAUGCCGUGUCUCAACGGAUGAGUUUAUGGAUGAAAACGAAAUGGAAGAAUUUACAGGUUGGAGAUAUCGUUUCAAUCAAAGCUCAAGAAUGGGUUCCUGCAGAUUUAUUAUUGCUUCAUUCAGAAGGUGAGGAAGGAAUAUGCUAUAUUGAGACUGCUGCGUUAGAUGGAGAAACUAAUCUAAAACAGAGGCAAGCAUUGAAAGAAGUAAAUUCUUUAUUAACUUCACCUGAGGCUCUUGCCAAUUUUUCGGGCAAUGUCAAAACUCAGAAUCCUAAUCAAGAUUUAUAUAAUUUUGAAGGAUCGAUUGAAUUUGAUGAACAGAAAUGUCAAUUAACUAAUAAUCAAAUUUUGUUGAGGGGUACCAUACUGCGGAACACUCCCGAAAUUUAUGGAUUAGUUACCUAUACAGGGGAAGAAACAAAGUUACGAUUGAACGCGACAAAAAAUAUUCGCACAAAAGCUCCCAACAUACAACGAUUGAUAAAUCGUGUUGUUAUCAUAAUCUUCAGUUUCGUAUUGCUAUUGGCAACGAUUAAUACGAUCCUGGCCAAAAGUUGGUUGGAUAAUUCUAAAAAUAUCACGUCGUACUUGGGGAAAUAUUCCAAGAAUUAUGCUACCACAUUUUUCGCGUUUAUUAUUCUUUUUAACACCAUGAUCCCAAUAUCUUUAUACGUUACCAUGGAAUUUGUCAAAUUAUCUCAGGUUUAUUUCAUAAAUAAUGAUUUAGAUAUGUAUCAUGAAGAGACUGAUACCCCUGCCGAAGCUCAUACUUGCACCAUUAAUGAGGAAUUGGGACAAGUCAAUUAUUUAUUUUCGGAUAAAACUGGAACUUUGACGGAUAAUAUCAUGUUAUUUAGAAAGUUAAGUGUUGGUGGGAGAUCUUUCUUGCACGAUUUGAAUAUUCGUCGAAUUCAUGAAGAAGAUUUAUUAUCAAAGUUUCAAAAACCUCGAAAACAAGUAACAUUAUCUUCAGUCGCAUCGUUGUUUCAAGUUAAUAGCCGUCAUAAACAAUCGGGUCGCGUUUCGGGUGAAAACAAUGAGGGGAAAGGCAUUCAAAUUGAUACAUUAUUGUGUCGGAAAAAUUCGGCUGCUAGUACCUUCUCAAUGAUUGCCCCUCGUUCACCUGAUUCAACACGUAGUAGAUGUAGUUCAUUGAAUUCUCAAAAGCUAUUGUCAAAUAAAUCGAUACCAUCCACACUUGAUUUAUUGACCAUAAUUCGACAUCAAUUUAAUACUCCUUUUGGAGAGAGGGCGAGAUUCUUUUUGCUCGCUAUGGCCCUUUGUCACACAUGCGUUCCUGAAGUAGAUUUGGACUCUCAGGACAUACGUUAUCAAUCCGCUUCGCCAGAUGAAUUUGCUAUAGUUACUUCGGCAAAAGAACUUGGCUACAUCGUUUCAGACCGUUCUUUAGGUGUUGUGUCCCUCCGAAUUCUCGAUAAUGCCGAACCUGAUGAUCUAGUAGUUCCUGAUGAGAAUCGUUUCUCUUACGAAGAUUAUCAUAUUUUGAAUGUGAUAGAAUUUUCAAGCAAACGAAAGAGAAUGUCCAUCAUUUAUCAAUUACCCGAUGGAAGAAUAUGUUUGCUUUGUAAAGGGGCUGACAAUGUUAUACUUGAACGAUUGAGACAUCCUAGAAACAGGCCGAUGAUUAAAAAGUUAUUUGUUGGAAGUCCGAGUCAAGAUCAUGUGAUAGAUUUGUUUCCAAUUAAAAAUGAUAAAUGGUUAUACAGCGAAACCAUUCGUGACAUUCAAGAAUUUUCAACGGAAGGACUUAGAACAUUACUUUAUGGGCAUAGAUUUAUUAAUCAAGAUGAGUACGCCGUGUGGAGUAAAUUAUAUCAAGAGGCAUCCGUUUCAUUAGUUGAUAGACAACAAAAACUUGAGGAAGUUGCUGAACUGAUUGAACGGGAUUUAGAAAUUACAGGGGCGACGGCAAUUGAGGAUAAAUUACAAAAUGGGGUACCUGAAACGAUUGAUAAAUUACGUAAAGCUGGAAUUAAGAUCUGGAUGUUGACAGGUGACAAACGCGAGACAGCAAUUAAUAUCGGAUAUUCAUGUUCGUUGAUUAAAGAAUAUUCAACCACGAUCAUUGUGGAUUCGAAUGACGAUUUAAAAAAGUCAUUACAAAAUUCGCUAAAAGAUAUUCACAAGAGCAAAUUCAGUCAUUCGGUGACGAUUGUGGACGGAAAUGCUUUGAUGCUCAUCGAACAAAAUCCUGAACUAAUGGAUUUAUUCUUAAAAUUAGGAGUUUUAUGUGAUGCGGUUAUUUGCUGUCGCGUAAGUCCAUGUCAAAAAGCCCUCGUGGUUCGUAAGAUUAGGGAGAAAUUAACCGAUGCCGUCACGUUAGCAAUAGGAGAUGGGGCAAAUGACAUCGCGAUGAUUCAAGAAUCGCACGUUGGAAUUGGAAUAACCGGUCGAGAAGGUUUACAAGCUGCGAGAUCAAGUGAUUAUUCUAUAGGACAAUUUCGUUUCUUGACGACAUUAUUAUUCGUUCAUGGACGGUGGUCUUACAUCCGAGUUUCAAAAUUUGUACUAGGCACCUUUUAUAAAUGCAUGUGCUUCUAUCUCACACAAGGUAUAUUUCAAUUUUUCAACGGAUUUUCUGGUACAAGUUUAUAUGAACAUUGGACACUUGCGGCAUAUAAUACAUUAUUCUCAUCGUUACCGGUAAUGGUCAUUGGCAUAUUUGAACAAGACCUAAAUAGAAAGACAUUAAUCGGAAUUCCAGAAUUAUAUCGUACCAUGGGACCAUUAAAUACGGCAUUUAAUUUAAAAUUAUUUUUCGCAUGGAUGUGCGCAGGAUUAUAUCAUGCGUUUGUAAUCGUUUUGAUGCCAUUCUUUUUACAUGAAACCUUUAUUCAUUUUGAAUUAAGAGCGGUGGGAUCCCCGCAACUUUAUGAAUUGGGGUUGAUCGCGUAUACAUGCGUUGUAUUUAUCGUAACAUUUAAAGUGGCAUAUAUGGAAUGUCAUAAUUAUACUUUUAUUACGCAUUUGUCAUCAAUUUUAACAUUAUUUGGAUGGUUUUUAUUUCAAACAAUUUAUAGCUAUUUAUAUCCGAAUGAAUCAAAAGCGGAUGCUUAUGAUGUUAAAGGCGUAUUUCAACAAAUUGGAAUCAGAUGGGAUUAUUGGUUAACUAUCUUGAUAACCGUUAGUUUAGCUUUAAUCCCCAAUUAUUUGGUGAAGGUGAUAAAGAGCGUCGUGUUACCCUGUGAUGUGGAUAUCUAUCAGAGAAUUGAAAAAGAUGAAAAGUUGAUUGAUCGUAUUAUUGAGGAAGGACGUGAAAUCCAAGGAAAUCUUACGGAGGGAAAGGCAGUUAAUAUCAGAAUUGGUGUUGAUAAAGUUGAAACCGAAAAAAAUGAUGUUGAGAUUAUUGAAAGUAUUGACAUGGGAUUUGAUUCGACCUUUUACAAUAACGACUCAAGUCAUAUUGGUAAUAAUGUGAAAGAGAAUGACGAUACGGAUAUAACUGAACCUCAGGAGUUAUCCUUUUCAAGUCAACGACAAUCACAAGAACAAGAAACGUCACCAAAUCAUAUAUAA